AUGAGCCUGUUAGAUGCUAAUGAUUGUUUGGACAUCGUCGGGCUGCCGCUGGCGAUGCCGCUGAUACACUUCCGCCGUCCACACCUCAUCCGGCUGAUUUCGUCUAGUCAGGCCAGAGGCCACGUGUAUGCAGUUGGUGAACAGCCGGUGUUCGGUCACGAAACCCAUAGAUGCUUCAUUGGGGCUCGACUUCGCACGCCGAUCGACUAUUUGCUUGCACUUGUUGCUGGUACCGAACUGUGCUCGUCGUCGUCGUCAUCGUGGUCGUAG